GAGGCGGUGGACGCGGUACUGGGCCGCAGUGUCACUUUGCCCUGCGACAUCGAACCCGCGACCCGCGAAGACCGCGUGUACAUGGUGCUGUGGUUCCGGGACGACGUGGGCAAGCCCAUCUACAGCUUCGACGUGCGCGGGCGGCCGUUCACGAAGGCGCUGUACUGGUCGGACGCGGAAACGCUGGGUCCGCGCGGCUACUUCGUGACGGGGCUGUCGCCCGCCGGGCUCACCAUCGACGCCGUGACGCUGGACGACGAGGGUGUCUACCGCUGCCGCGUCGACUUCAAGGACUCGCCCACGAGAAACUUCCAGGUCAACCUCACCGUCAUCGUGCCGCCCCACCAGCUGCUGGUGUACGACAGCUCCGGCCGAGAGGUGGUGGGCGCGGUCAGCGGCCUACUGGAGGGCAACGACCUCGUGCUAACCUGCGAGGUGCGCGGAGGCAGACCGCCGCCGACGGUGUCGUGGUUCGUCGACGACCGGCUGACGGAGGGUCAGCUACAGGCCGUUGGCCGCCACGUGGUCGUCAACCGCCUGGAGGUGCCGCGCGUGUCCCGCCAGCAGCUCAACACUGCCUUCAAGUGCCAGGCCUCCAACACCAAGCUGGUGCUGCCCCAGGAGAAGACGGUCCGUCUCGACCUGCUGUUACGGCCCUUGAAGACUCGGCUGCUGGAGAGGCCGAGCGUGCUAGAAGCGGGGCAGACGGUGGUGCUGGAGUGUGAGGCAGUCGGCUCCAGGCCGGAAGCCGUCAUUUCCUGGUGGCGGGACAACUACCAGCUAGACAGAGGCAAGGUGGAGACGGACGGUAACGAGACGGUGGUGCUGAGCCGGCUGACGUUUCAACCUCUGCCUGACGAUGACGGCCACGUGUUGCGCUGCCACGCCGAGAACCCGCGCAUCCCGGCCUCUGGUCUCGAGGCGCAGUUGCACCUCAACGUAGUCUAUGCGCCAGUGGUGAGGCUGCAGCUGGGGAACUCCCUGAAUCCUGACGACAUCAAGGAGAACGACGACGUCUACUUCGAGUGUUCCAUCCGCGCCAACCCCAAGGAGCACAGGAUAGCGUGGCUGCAUGACGGCGCGCCGGUGGUGCAGAACAUGUCAGCGGGCGUGAUCCUCAGCACGGACAGCCUGGUGCUGCAGGGCGUCACACGACACCACGCCGGCAGCUACACCUGCGUCGCCGCCAACGAACGCGGCGAGACCGCCAGCCGCCCCGUCUUCCUCAGGGUUCGAUUCGCCCCGGUGUGCGCGCACGAGGAGCCGCUGCUGGUGGGCGCGUCGCUGGGCGAGGCGGUGCGCGUGCGCUGCCGAGUGGCCGCCGACCCGGCCGACGACGUCUCCUUCGAGUGGCAGUUCAACAACAGCGGCGAGAGCUUCGGCGUGCCGCCCGCGCGCCUCGGCAACGCCAGCGGGCCCGCCGCGGGCGAACUCAGCUACGCGCCCGCCUCCGACCGCGACUACGGCACUCUCGCGUGCUGGGCGCGCAACGCCGUAGGCCGCCAAGCCGAGCCCUGCGUCUUCCAGGUGCUGCCCGCCGAGCGUCCCGGUGCUCUGAGCAACUGCUCGCUGCGCGCGGCGCUGUCGCCCGCGCCGGCGUCUGCGCAGCUGGUGGUGGAGUGCGUGGCGGGCCACGACGGCGGGCUGCCGCAGCGCUUCUUCCUGGAGGCGCACGAGGCGGCGGGCGGCGGCGUCCGGCUGAACACCAGCAGCGCGGCGCCGCGCUUCCGGCUGCAGCUGGCCGCGCUGGGCUGGCGCACGCUGCGCCUCGUGCUGUACGCCGCCAACGCGCGCGGCCGCGGCGACGCCACCGUGCUCGACGACAUCGCGCUCGGCGACGCCGAGAUGCGCACAGUGCAGAGCGUGUUGGGGACCAGCGGCGGCUGGGACAUCGUGCCACUGGCGGCGCUGCUGACGGGGGCGCUGUUGGCGGCGGGACUGGCGGUGUUGUUGGUGGCCGUGCUGGCCGUGCGUCGGCGGCGCGCAUACGAGGCGGCGGGCGGCCGCGGCCGCGGGGGCGGCGCCUCUGGGGGCGGCGUCUGCAGCGGGGGCGGCGCCGCGCCAGCCCUGCAGCUCGAGAAGCAGCCGCCGCCGCCGCAACACGGCUCCAUGCUCGAGAUCAACCACGGCCACGAGCGCUACGUCGUCUCCUACCGCCUCAAGACGGCCCAGGACAGCUGCGUCGUCGACGGCAGGCAGCCGGACAUCCUCAAGUCUCCCAGGGCCGCGGAUUCGGUACUGGCAGACGAGGCGUCUCGCAGACAGGACCAGAGCUUGCGGCACAGCAACCCGCCAGAUUCGGAAGGCAUUACUGAGCGCCCCGCAGCCGGCCGCCCCCAGCACUCGCCACCGGCGUACCAGCAGCCGCCCCCCGUGUACCCGCCGAGCCCGGCGCGGACGCCGCCCCCGCUGCCUGCACGCAUCCGGCCGCCUCCCGGGGCUCCAGCCGCCGCCGCCGCCGCCGCCACCGCAUCUUCGUCGUCACCGUCGUCGUCGUCCGCCGGGGGCGGCGUCGCGACGCUGCCGGCCGGGGCGCUGUCGCCGGCGUCCACGGCCCCCUCCACGUCUCCCGUAGCGACGACGGCGACCGUGGCGCCACCGUUCGUCCCGACGACCAUUAACCGCGCGUCCAACGGCACACUGCGCAAGGACCACCUCAUCUCGGACUCCAUCCCCGGCCCCGAGAGCUGCGUAUGACGGCUGCGCCUUGCUCGCUCGGCACACGGAGUGCACGGUGUACGUCGGAGUGGGGGAGCCCCGAAACAGCAGAUUCUUGCACUGGAAACCUUUGGCCAACAGGUGCUCGACGUCGUGGUGUUGGGCACCGUUGGGCGAUCUGUCUGAGGCUGGCCUAUAUUACCGUCUGUUGUAACAUGUGUCUGGAGAGAAGUAUCUUGUUCUGAUGCAUGCUUAUUUUCCUUAUACAUGUCUUCCUAGGUUGUUUGCAUUUCGGCCGACGUGAAUAUCUAGCACUCCGGUCAAUAGUGGAGGUCUUCCCGCUGCGAGGUUUUAUGACGUGAAAUCAAAGCCAGUAAGCGUACCUUCUCAGUUUACUAACGUUCACUAAAUUACUACAGAACUUCCGUGAAUGCGGCCGUAAUUAAUUUUUCUCCUUUUCUGAUAUUUGGGCAGUGUAACUACUAGUCACCUUCUGAGCCAGUACCAAUACUUUCACACUGCAGAGCUCAGAUGACGACAGGACGUUCUUCCACCGUAAUAUCAUAAAACAAGAAGAUAUGUUUGCAGUGGCAUUGGCUAAAGUUCACGUACCAAUAAUUAAUCCAUAAUAACUUCACGUCCCCUAUGAGAUUGUUUUGCUCAUUACUCAUAAACUAAAUUCCCGUUUAGUCUGUAACUAAUCAGUAAUCAGUAACACGAAGCUGCAACUUAUACCUCUACACAUAUAUGCCAGUUUCCAGGAAAUUACUUGUCGGAGUCGUAAGCUUUUUUUUUUUUCCUUCGUUGCUGUUCCUUCUCUUUGUGGAUCGUUGGUUAUGGAUAGGAAUCGGCUCACCAGACGUUCAUCUGAAAUUUAUUUCUUGAGCAUGUUUCAUAGAUAUGUAGAUCUGAGGGACCCUUCCCUGUUCUGCUUUGACUGCCAGAUUUACUUCAUCCACCACAACCGGAAAUUUUGUGCCGAAAGCUUCGUAAAUUCUCUACCAAACUUAAACUUAUUAUCCCAUGAGUAGCAAAGCUUACAAACUGGAAUCAAUCAGCAUUCCAACUACAUGUACACAGACCUCAGUAAACCAGGGUGUUGCUCUGAAACCAUCAGUGUUACAAACUGCUAUUGGCAGUGUUGGCGUGGACAGCAGAUGUCGAUUGCUAUUACAGUAUUAAGGUGCACUGAGCAGUAGGCCUACGUCGGUUUGCUGGAUAUCAACUGCCUGCUCUAACUCUGUCACUUGCAGCAAUAAAAUUAAUGGCUACACGGCAAUACACUAGAGAGCUGCUACAUAUGUGGAUGGAGCUGAUUACAGUGAUCGCAUUAUGGUGAUAAUGGCGUGAAACGUCUACGUAUGGCAUAGAAUGUUUAAAUGUUUGUCCUCUGUGUAGUAUCAAAUUUUCCACUUGAAAAUACCCGUAAUGUAUGAACUGCAAUUAAAGUUGUUGAAACGAAGCAUACAGUCAAAGCCGAAAUUGGUCUGCUUCAAAAGGUUGUAAAAUAUAGGUUCGAUGGAGAUAGGAAACUGAUAAUAAAAUACUUCAAGAGAUACUGACACGUGAGUUAUAAAGGCUCAUCAGUGAGAAUGCCACUAGUAAUUUUUGUUGGUAUGGGGUUCUGAUGUGCAACUAGUGCUGUAGAGGAUUUAAUAUGAAGAAAGCGACCAAUUUUUGCGUUACGAGAAAAUGAUGAUGAGAUGUAGUCCUCAGGAAUUGGUGGGUUUGACAUUAGGAAGGAACAGGAUGGACUGGAAACUACAUUUGAAUGUAGUGUAUGCUACAGUGAUAGAUGUUGUAUGGAAAAGUGUGUGCUGUAUUUGAAUAGAUGUUUGGCGUGAUGAUGCAGCGCUAUACAAGCCCCCGGUUCUCAGGAAAAUAACACAAAGUGGUGUUGGGAUAUGGUGUAACAGAUAUAUACGCAAACCAAAAAUUCACAAUACUCGCUGAAUGUUUAGUAAAAUUUCAGUUCCUUACUUGAGAUGAUGAUACUCAAAAUAAACAUAAAUUUCAAUAAAGCUGGAAGUCACUUACUAAGGACCUGGAGGUUGCAGUUAGCCUACUGUUAAUGAGACAAACAAUACUGAAGUACUCGAAAAUCCAAGUUAUGAUCGUUCUCCUCUCGUUUGUUCCCAUUACAUGCUUCAAGACACUUUUUAAAGACUUCUAGAUACGGUGCAGGCGCUGUUGAUACUUAUUUAACAUAGUUCAAAGUUUCUCUCCAAGAGAUGUAACUAAUAUCAAAAUUCGAAAUUAUUAAUCAACGUUGUGUUUAUGAUUGCCUAUAAAAUUUAGUUGUGCCGUUUAGAGUAUUUUUUUCCUGGAGACUGGAACACAUAAAAAAAUCCGAAGCUAUUUCAUAAUGAAUUAACAAAAAAAUUAAGACACUAUCAUGGCCAAGUACUUCCCAGCAAAUUAUAUUCUGCAACAGCAACAGAAAAUCCUUUUCUUUAAAAAUAACUUUUUUGAACAUUCGAGCUCCCUGACAUCUUACCGUAGCAAACACUCUGUAAGUACAAGAAGAGAACUUACUUCGCUUUUUAAAAUGCCUCCAAAAUAUUACUUUUAUUUGAAUAAUUUUUAUAUUUUGUGGAAAUGUGAGCAGUCAAUACGGUAAUAUUCACUGCAAGGCCUAUUUAACGGACGGAACAUAUGUUUGACAAAUUGCAAGUGUAAGGAUCAUGAACAUUGUUAACUGUGUUUCGUGAGACAAACGUAUGUGUUAUUGUUUAAUUCUGUGUGAAUGAAGGCACAGCUGUUGGUGUUUAUAAUUCUAUGUUAACAUUCAGCAAUCUAUGUCUUUGUGCUAGAAAAAGUUGUGCAAGCCAGUAUGGAAGAAAGUCGGUGAAAGAAGAUUUGGAGAAUUCUCUUGGGGCGAUGUAUCAGUUGUUGUUUGUGAAAUCUAUGUUCUUCCUCUAAAAGUAAAUUAUUCGUUUUGAACUAAUAAUUCGUUUCCGAAAGUACGAAGUUUCCUCUUAACGUUUUUAUUUCUAUUCGUCCGUGAUCUAUUUUCACCUUCAAGCAGUUUUCUAAACUGGUUAUGCCAUUAUUCAACGAGCAAAAACAAUUAAUGUUCAAUGUAUUACUAUAGAGACAUGAUAUGUGUAAACUGAAAGAGAAGUAUCAGUUCUUAUGUUGUGAAACUACCUGAAGUAAAGAUCAUAUAUAAAGAAGA